AUGGCCGACAUGAAAGCAUGGCAGCUCGCCCACCCCGGCGAAGUCCAAACCACCCUCAAGCUCAACACCGUCCCCCGUCCAUCCGCGCAAUCCCUAAAAGCGCAAGACAUCCUCAUCCGCGUCAUCAGCACGGCCAUCAACCCAGCCGACUACAAAGUGCCGGCCAUGGGGUUCGCCGCCCGCGCCAUCAUCGCCUUCCCCAAAACACCGGCCAUGGACCUCAGCGGCGAAGUCGUCGCCGUGGGAGCCGGCGUCACAGACAUUCUCGUGGGUGACCACGUCAUGGCGCGAGUGUCACCUCUUAAGAGACCUGGCGCCUUAUCAGAAUAUCUAAUUGCCCAUCGUGACGGGUACGCCAAGCUCUCAAGAGACGUGGACCUCGACGUCGCGGCGGCAGUGGGAACAGCCGGCCUGACAGCCUACCAAACUAUCAAACCGUACGUCAAGCCCGGCGACAAGAUUUUUAUCAAUGGCGGAUCCGGCGGUGUCGGCACGUUUGGCAUACAAAUUGCGAAACUGCUAGGGUGCCACGUCACGGUGUCGUGCUCGACCGGUAAAGCAGAGCUGUGUAGAUCGCUGGGCGCAGACGAAAUCAUCGACUACAAGAAGACGGAUGUGGUGGACGAACUCACCAAGCUGGGCCGCGUGUUUAGUCUGAUCGUCGACAAUGUGGGCUACGAUCCGCCGAACUUGUACCCCAAGACGGGACACGUUCUUCUCCCGGAGGGUGUGUUUGUGGUGGUUGCGGCGGGCAAGCAUGCUGGUCAUGCUGCUACCGCGGUGGGUAAUCUUAUUCGGCCGUCGUUCCUGGGCGGCGGGAAGAAUAAGAUGGUGAUGUAUUUGACGGCGAAUAAUCAUGAUGAUUGGAAUGCGUUGGCGGGGUGGUUGAAUGAGGGGAAGGUGACGGCUGUUAUUGAGAAGACGUUUGAGUUUGGGGAUGCGUUGAAGGCGUUUGAGCAUUUGCAGGGGGGUUCUACUGGGGGGAAGGUUGUGAUUCAUGUUUCGAAAAAGGAGUGA